UGUUUGUUUAUCCAGUUGACAGUUUGUGGAAAAUCGUCACGGUGCUCGCAUCAGCCGGGAAUCGAACGCGGAAAACUGCGAGGAAAACGAGGAAUAACGGGUGCAGAGACUGCUGAUUGGGAAAUAUGUGCGCCUGAGUUUCCCGGCCAGAAGGCACAGUGCCAAAUGCUCUGACGAACAAUUCGUGUAAUAAUCAGCGGGAUUAAAAUCUACGCGACGCAUACGAAAAUUCAAUUGCAACGGGAAAAGUGAACAGCAAGUGCAGCGGAAAUUAAAUUGUUUGCCAGUGCCAAAAAACGAGUAAAACAAAAAAAAAAAAAGAAGAAAACUGUUUAAACUCUAAUAGCGAUAAAUCGGUAGAAGUCCAAUCUCAAGAUGGCCAAUAGCCGGAGCAAUUUCCUGACAAUCGGAUUACUUUUGACCCUGGUCGCCAGCGGUCAGGCUCACCUAAACAUUUUCCUCAAUCUGCACGAGGUGUUGCGUUUAAUCGGAGUCUCGGCGGAACUCUACUACGUGCGAGAGGGCGCCAUUAACGACUACGCCUUGAAUUUUGCUGUGCCCGUGCCGGCGAACAUUAGCGACGUGACCUUCACGUGGCAGUCGCUGGUGGAGCACCCACUUCCGUACAGCAUCAAUAUAGCCACCUCGGACACGGAGGUGUUGCCCCGCCCCCAACUGAAUAUAUCCCGGAUCGGGGAUGUGCCAACGGAGCCACAAACCUGGGGCAUUGCCCUCAAGUGCUCGGGCACCCGGAAUGCCGAGGUCACAGUGACCAUCAAUGUGGAGGUGAUCCUGGAUCGGGCGACCAACAACAACACCAACCUGAUCUUCAAGCGGAAAAAGAUCUGUUUGCGGGAGGAACAGGAUAGUGCUCACGAGGAGUACGAUGAUGAUGAUGUGGACUUGAUGCAAACGGCGCGUGGAGGGCAUGGCAGUGAUAUUCACUAUGUGGAUAGGAAUGAGGAGCAUGUGGUGGCCAAUGGUCAUCUGUCACCGGAGAAGGAGAAGCAACGCCCCAUUGUGACUGAGUCACCGGGAAAUGUGGGUCGUGGAAAUUCGGGAGGAUCCAAGCGGGACUUUGAUCCCAUGUUGAGGGAGAAUCUUGUGCCACCAGCAAGUGGACUGGUUACCCUCAUUGUGGGUGGCAUCCUCGCCUUGGUUUUGGUUUCCACCCUCAUCCUGAUUGCCUAUUGUGCCAAGGGUCCUUCAAAGCGACAUCCCUCGAAUGGAGUGCAUCUGAUCAAGACCUCCAGCUUCCAGAGAUUGCCGACCAUCUCGUCGACGGCCCACAAUUCGAUUUAUGUCUGCCCAUCGACCAUAACACCCACAUACGCCACGUUGACGCGGCCCUUUCGCGAAUAUGAGCAUGAGCCUGAGGAGUUCAACCGCCGUCUCCAGGAGCUGACAGUCCAGAAGUGCCGCGUCCGGCUCUCCUGUCUCGUCCAGGAGGGCAACUUUGGGCGAAUCUAUCGCGGCACUUACAACGACUGCCAGGAGGUACUGGUCAAGACAGUGGCCCAGCACGCCAGCCAGCUGCAAGUGAACCUCCUGCUCCAGGAAUCGAUGAUGUUGUACGAGGCCUCCCAUCCGAAUGUCCUCUCCGUGCUGGGCAUCUCCAUCGAGGACUACGCCACGCCCUUCGUCCUGUACGCCGCCAACGGCAGUGUCCGCAAUCUGAAGAGCUUCCUGCAGGAUCCGUCGUACGCCAGGAGUGUCACCACCAUCCAGACGGUCCUCAUGGGCUCCCAGCUGGCCAUGGCCAUGGAGCACCUGCACAACCACGGCGUCAUCCACAAGGACAUCGCGGCCAGGAACUGUGUGAUUGACGAUCAGCUGCGUGUGAAGCUCACAGAUAGUGCCCUAAGUCGCGAUCUCUUCCCGGGAGACUACAAUUCUCUGGGCGAUGGUGAAUAUAGACCAGUUAAGUGGCUUUCAUUGGAGGCCUUGCAAAAGUCUCAUUACAACGAGGGCAGUGAUGUUUGGUCCUUUGGUGUCCUUAUGUGGGAAAUGUGCACUUUGGGGAAACUCCCUUACGCCGAAAUCGAUCCUUAUGAAAUGGAACAUUAUCUCAAGGAUGGCUACCGAUUGGCUCAGCCUUUCAAUUGCCCCGAUGAGCUGUUUACCAUUAUGGCCUAUUGUUGGGCCUCGAUGCCGAGCGAGCGGCCCUCAUUCAGCCAGCUGCAGAUCUGUCUAUCGGAGUUCCAUACACAGAUAACCAGAUAUGUUUAACCAGCGGUGCUGAAGCAUGCCAAGACCUGUAAAUACAAUAAGAGGCGACGUCGCAAGAUUUUCCAGCAGACCACGUCGUCCACUCUGUUCCCAAAGACAUAUUAAAUCGUAGCGCCGAGUUAAUGGGGCUUGAAAGCCGAUCCCCAGACUUUCGAGAAAACAUGAAUUACAUAGAGAGAGCCCAGAAGAAGUCUCUGCAAAUAACUCCUAGUUAUAUGAUUAGUCGGUAAGGACAUGUGACAUUUCAAUGCAAGAAUUAGGGUUACAAAACAAAGCAUAAACACUUAUUGAAAUCGCCUGUUAAGACACACAAACGUUCUACCAGUAAAAAAAGAAAACUUAAAUUAAAAGAAAUAGCAAAUAUUGAUAACGUAAUCAUAGCUAAAGCAGAUCCAGUAAAAUCAGAGUCCCACAAAAAACCAGUGCUAGGAUAGGAACCCAAAAAAAAACAAAAUGUCGUAGUUUCAAAGAGAGCGUUGCAAGUUUGUCAUUAUAAUGGGAUAGCAGUACGAUACCGAAACAUAUAUCUAUGUAAAUGUAUUCACAUGUGUGUUUAUGUCUAAGCAAACGUAGUGCUAGUAAGAACUCGAAAUAUUUAUCUAAUGUUAGUGCACAAGCGACCCGAAAUCCUUGAGCCCUAAGUUACAGCCCCUUACAGUCUCGAGAUGUAAGUUUUUGUGUAAUAUACUUAAGCAGUUUGCAUUAGUUCUUAAGUUACUCUUAUGGUUUUCUAUGGCGAAGACACAAAAGGAAAAACGAUUUCAAUAAACGUCCGUGCAUAAUAUUUAAAAACAAAAACUAAA